AAAAUGCAAAUGAAUUAGUUGUAAAUGACCGUUGUGCAUAGUAGGGUAUGUAUAAUUGGAACCUCCAUGAAAUAAAAUGUGUAACCCUUUCCGGUCUUUUUACAGGAAGUCGCUCACCAUGGCUGAUCAGAAUGAGAGGUCGUUUCAGAAACAACCUACAAUUUUUCUGAACAAGAAGUCAUCUCUUCUUUCAAAGAAGACCAAGAAAAAUCGUUAUUGGAAGGACGUUGGUCUCGGUUUUAAAACACCACGUGAAGCGACAGAAGGAACCUACAUUGACAAGAAAUGCCCAUUCACUGGCAACGUAAGCAUUCGAGGGCGCAUCUUGACUGGUGUUGUGUUGAAGAUGAAGAUGCAGAAAACACUGAUCCUGCGUAGAGACUACUUGCACUUCGUUAAGAAGUACCAGAGGUUCGAGAAAAGGCACAAGAACAUGCCUGCUCAUGUCAGCCCUUGCUUCAGAGAUAUUUCUAUUGGUGAUGUGGUGACUGUAGGCGAGUGCCGACCUCUGAGCAAAACCAUCCGGUUCAACGUUCUGAAGGUCACCAAGGCGGCAGGAUCCAAGAAAGGCUUCAAGAAGUUCUGAACUGACCUUGUUACAUAAAUAAAGAGAAAAACU